AUGCUGGCUCCGCGCGCUGCAGGCCGACUCGGGCUCCGGGAUGAGGCCGGCGUGGAAGGCGGCGCGCCGGGCCCGGCCUGGGCCGCGUCCCCUCCUCCCUUGCUCUCGGUCGCCGCCGGGCACUUGCAACUAAGUUCGCUCAAGUUUCCUGCGCCGGCGCCGCCGCGCCCCUCUGUCGGCGCGCUCGUCUCGGAGCGUGCGCCCGCCGGUGCGCCGCGCCCGGGGCCCCUCUCUCUCUCUUCGUUCUCCGGCCGCAGCCCAGCAGGCCGAGGUGCUGGAGGAGAGGAUUUAAGCAAAACGCGCCAUCACCUCAGUUCGCAGGUCUGUGCUGAGGCUGCUCCCGCCUUCCCCACUCCGGCAGCGCAAGUGGGGCCGUUCCCGGCCCGGGCCGCCGCGCUGGCGCUCUGCGGGCGGCUGGAGCUCUCUGCUCCGGCUCAGCUAUGGGACUCCUCUACCUAUGAAAAUGUGCCCUGGACCAUGGCUUGUACCAUCCCUGUAAUUGUUCCGCAUGAAAAGCCUCUGUGGUGCCGUGAAUUCUGGCCGGUGAGGAUAUCAGCUGGAAAUCUCUAGGCAGCUUUUGGUUCCAGAUGGCUCGAUGCUGGCGGCUCCCUUCCUCUUCCUACUCCUUUCUUUCUUCCUUCUUUGAUCUUAGAUGUGAUGUCUUCGUGAGGACAGCAGUCUCAUGGCCAUGCAGAAAGGGUCCUGAGUUGCGAAUACUCAUUGAGUUGUAGAGCCAGUUUUGUAUUUAUCAAUUUUUUGGACUUUGUGGAGAAAGACACAUGCCUGUUUUUAAACUCACUAGUCUUUCUUUUUUUUUUUUU